UUUUAUAAUGGUACCUAUAUGUAUUUCGUAUUCAUAAAAUUGUAUUACGCAAGUACACAACAUCAAAAACAACUAUCAAACAUAAGCUUAAGCAUUACUACCAAACAGUCAAACGAUGCUGAAGACAUACAGUAUGUUUAAGAAUAUACAACAACUCUUUCUAACAAAUACUUAGGCUGCAGUCUGUAUUCAACGCAUUUUUUUGAAACGUCAACAGCAGUUUUCAAACAGGUUAAAUAAUAGCCCCGAUGCAUAAGCCAGAAAAAUAUUGUGGGACACAGUGGAAAUGAGCUAUAAAGAGAACAGCGACAAAAAUCGAUAUUUUGUCAAAAACGGACGAUUAUGAAACGACAUUGCUUCUGGACGAUGACGAUGACGAUGACGAGAACAAUGAUGAAGCUAAUUCUACGGUUAUAAAGCAAAACACAAAAAUGUUUAACAUCGAUGUUAUUAAGAGGACCGACGCGGAACUGAUAUGUCAAAAAACGUUCGAAUACAACGGCCAUACGUUACGACACUGCUACGACGACUCGCACUGCAAGCUGUACGGCGACUGUUGUCGGGACAGUAAGUUCUACGUCGAGUCGGAGCAGAACGUGGCCAUCUCCGGCGGCGUGUACAACAACAGCCGGUACGGGUGUUACGGUACGGACGGUAUGAACGCGGUGCAAGCGCUGAUGAUCGGCAGGUGUCCGCGGGAGGCGUCACUAGAUCGGGAGUUACGGGACAAGUGUGAGCAGCGACCGACCGACGAUUUAAUAUCCGCCUACCCCGUGUCGAGCAGUUUUCCGGGGUACGUGUACAAGAACGUCUGGUGCGCCUGGUGCAACGGCGAACGUCGACGGGUCGUCUACUGGAAACCACUGUUCAAGUGUUACGGACUCAGCGGCCGGGUGGAAGCGAGCGUCCGGCUGGAGGACGCGUCCGACCACACGCUGUUGUACCGGGACGGCCAGUGGUAUUACGCCGACUACGGAAACCGGACGUUGCUCGCGUGUAGCUUCCGGAUCCAGCCACCGGACGACGAGGUCGGCACUCCGCCAUUGCGGCCUUGCAUCAGCAAGGGAUCCACCGACAUCGUAGACGGUUGUCCGGCCGGUACGCCGACCGCCGCGGCCCGGGCGUGCGCGUCGCACACCUACACCCUGUUCGAGUACCAGCCGAGCGGUGGCCGGGCUACGCGCGUGUUCCGGAACGCCGACUGCGCCCGGUGCAACGGCUUGACCACCGGCCAGUUGACGUGCACACCACCGCCACCGCCGUUGAGCAGCUCGCCAUUCGGGUUCGGGUCGCUGUUUGCGGUCAGAGCGGCCGGAGAACGGCGCGACUUGUGCGCGCCCGACGAGAUUUAUGACGUUCUCGCGGCCAAGUGCAGAAACGUGAUCCGGGACGAGCUGCCCGGCGCUUGCCUGACGUUCGUGACGUUCAGCCGAGGCGAGUACGACAGACGGACCAUCGAGAACGGGACGGCGUACGUGUACGCGUACAAGAAACGCGUCCGGUACAGAACGGGCGAUCGCCCGACGGCCACGGGCGCCUGGUCCCCACUGCAGGUGUGCACCGAUGACGCGGACGGGCUGCUCCGGCCGUACGAGCAGUCGACGUACGCGGUGUAUCUGUCGUGCGCGGGCGUGUUUGGAUCGUGCGCGUCGGUCGCCGCACUGGUCGCGCAUCUGGCGCUGUUCGGAUGCGGCGGGUGUCGCGCGGGCGCCGAGCCCAAGAACCUGCCCGAAAAGAACCUGGCCAGCCUGUCGGCGGCCUUGCUGGUCGGCUACGCGGGCUACCUGUCUGCUGCUCUGCGCGUCGCGCCCUCCGACAGCGGACUUCCGUGCCUGAUUUCGGCGCUCGCCACGCAGUUCGGUUUUCUGGCCGGUUUCGCGUGGAUGUUCGUCAUGUCCGCUGACGUGUGGAUCGUGCUGCACGCGUCCACGAAGAAACUCCGGGUGGCCGGCGGCCAGCGUCACGGCCGGUUCGUCGUCUAUUCGCUGUUUGCGUGGCUCGCGCCUGCCGCACUCACCGCGCUGUCCGCCGCCAUAGAGUUGAGGUUGCGGGCCACCGACGCGCUGUUCUCCGAGCUCCGGCCCAACUUCCAGUACGACUGCUGGUUCCGGAACCCUCAGUCGCUGGUCGCGCUGUUCGUGUUGCCGGCCGGAACCGCGAUCGCCGCCAACUACGUGUCGUUCUUCGGCGCUGUCCGGUUGAUCGCCACUUCCGACGAAGGGCUCAAGUCGGCCGGCGGCAGCGGUGGCAAGUGCGGCAACGCGGCGGCCGUAAACCGGACGCACAGGAACCUCAAGAUCUACGUGCGCCUGUCACUGAUGAUGGGACUGGCGUGGGUGUUCGCACUGGUCGGCGCGGUCACCGACAGCGACGUCGCUUGGACGCUCAACACAGCGCUCAAUUCGCUGCAGGGCGCUUUCAUAUUCAUCGCGUUCGACUGCAACCGGAACACCGUGCACAAGUUGGCCGUGUUCCGCAAACACCCGACCGUGUCCGAAACGCAAACCACAACGGCCAAUACGCCGCUCAGCACGUCCACUUAGCAGCCUCCCGGCCGGAAUAAUAAUAAGACUGUCCGACGCGGGCCGUGCGCUGUUAAAUUGAGUGUAGUCAUGCUUUCGACGCUAUUCAGCGUGCGUAGGUAGGAGAUAAAUUUUAUAAAAUUAAUGCCAUUGCGUUACACGUCACCGCCGCUUUUGAACGACUACCCGAUUUCUCCAGAAUAUUUCCCACGGCUUCCUUAUAAUAUCGUUCGCAUCAUAGUUUAUCGUAAUCGUAUACGGAGGUUUGAAUGUCAUUAUUUUCAUCUAUAUUUUUAUUCGUCACUAUAUAAUCCCAAUUCUGUAUUACCGCAUUAAAUGUAAUAGUAGGCCGAAUAAGCGUACGUUUUAAUUGUUAUAUUUCCUUUAAUAAUAAUAAACACUAAAAUAAAAUCA